UUUGUAGCUGACAAUGGAAUCCCUACUGGUAUGGCAGUUAAUAUCUAUAGUGAGUCUUAUUAUUGGAGUGUACUUGUUUGGAUUCGCCCCUCUGUUGCUAGGUAACAGCAUCAGUAAAGGUCAUGUCAGUCUGCUGUCUGCUUUCUCUGGGGGUGUCCUCAUUGGUACUACAUUCAUUCAUCUCUUUCCUGAGGUAUCAGAAUCAGCAGCUAAGUUCAGAUGUGCAGUAGGAAUGGACUCCCCCUACCCAAUAGGAGAGCUGCUAAUCUGUGUGGGUCUAAUAGCAGUAAUGAUAAUAGAGAACAUGGCAGCAGAGUAUGAACACAUAGCACACGAAGUAAAGAUACAAGCAAGGAUAGAGGAUGAAGACGAUGAGGGAGCCGCGCUGUUUGAUCCGCAUAACCACAAGGCACUGAACGGACACAGCCAUGAUGGUGGAGGAGGGCAUGGUCAUGGUGGGGGAGGUCACAGUCACACCUCUCAUUUUGCUAUGACGGAGGAGCUAGGUUGGGGAGCUUACAUUCUGGUGGUGGCUCUGUCAAUACACUCUAUAUUGGAGGGUAUUGCUAUAGGACUAGCUGAUACUGUAGAGGAUCUUAUCACACUGUUCUUAUCUGUUAUCAUUCACGAGGUAUGCCUGGCAUUUGCGCUAGGAUUGAAACUCUAUGUAGACAAACACACCAUAAAACAGUUUGUUAUCUCCCUCUCCAUCUUCGUUAUCUCGUGCCCUGUGGGGAUUGGUAUUGGAAUGUUGGUGGUGGAGCAUUUUACUGACGUCACUCUCACUAAAAUAGUAUUCGUACUAAAAGCUCUGGCUACAGGAACGUUCGUACAGGUCACAUUCCUGGAGAUUGUAGCCCCGGAAUUCUCUCACCGUCACAUCAACCAGCUCUUCAAGAUGGCAUCCUUAACCUUUGGGUUCAUCUUUAUAUCUAUUGUCAUGUACUCGAUACACGAGUUUCCCAGCACUGACUUUUGUAAAUCUUUGAUUGAGGGCGUGGUCGGGAAUGUGUGACUGUGGGAAGUCUGUCAGUUUUUAAAUGUUUUUAUGUUUUACGAGUUAGUGAAGCGAUGAUUCACUUAUUAUUGCUAAUUUGACGGUUUUGUCUUAACCCCAGCUUUGUUUCGUUGUUAUUUCAGUGCUACUUUAAUUGCAGAACAUCGUAAUUUGUUAAGUUAAGACACAAUAUAUUAUAUUCUCAAUCAAUUUUCUCAGUAUGAUAAACUAACAUUCAUUGUGGUCAUGUAAAGACUGGUAAUCGGAAUAUAUUCUCAAGAAAUAACAAUACUUUUGAUUGUAAUUAGUUAUAUAUUUGUUAAUGUUAUUUGUAAAUUACAGUAGGUUAAUUUGAAAAUUCGUUAUUAUAAUAAUAUUGUAAACAGUAAAUUCGCUAUCAAAUAGCUAUUCUCUUCACUGUGUUGUAUUAGCUAAUUAAUUGCCUGUGCUUAAUUUGUCUUAACUUAAUUUGCCCCCAACAGCUUGUCCAUAAGCCGAAUUAGUAAAAUGAUAAUUAAAUGGUUUGUUCUAUUUUUGCUUAUUUGUUGAUAGUUUCUAUGCACUUACAAAGAUUAUAAGUGCGAAUCUAAAAAACUGUUGAAGUUUUUAACGUGUGUUUAAAAUAUUAAUUCCCUUUUUCUAUUAAUAAUGAGAAUGAAGCGUUAAUCUAAUUAACAUUCAUACCGUAUUUACUAUUUGUAGUUUGUCUAUUAUUUCUUCAUGAAUUUUUUGUCAUAAAACAGAAUUGCUAAUGCAAACAGCUUAAAUGAAUGAUCAUUCCUUUUUAAGGGUUACAUAUGUUAGUUUCCCGGAUUUAUUUCUCAUUUAUUCCUUUGAACUUUGUUGUGAAAAAACGUUGUUUGAAAUGGUUAUUAUGACUUAAUAUGUCGUUUUAUUGAAAACUGUACUUUGCAAAUUUUUGCUUCAAUGUUUUGAAA